UCCUUCCAUCCAACCCAAGCCUGCAGUAGUGCAUCUUCCAUGCAUCCUCUUGGCUCUUCUCACUGGCCCCAAGACUCAAGGCACUCUAGUGCCUGCCCUUGUGCUUUCCUUCUUCAGGAAGCUGCAGACUGCUAGAGGGACCUGCCUCAGAAAUUCCAAGUGAAAAAUGCAGCAAUGACAUGUAAUGGAGAGGAGCUGGGACAGAGGAGCUUGGGGUUUUCAGUGGUGAGGAUGAGAAGCAGGCUACCGACACAUCUUGGCAGAAUGAGUUUUAUCUGGAGCGUUGUUUUGAUCUCUUUCAGGUGGAAAGGAGAGGCACAAUGAAAAGGAAAGCAAGAGCCCACACUGAGCCGUGAGUUUUGGCCUAGGGUUAAAGGACAGCAAACUUGAGGAAUGGCGAGCAGGACAACUGCUCUUUCAGAGUCACGGUGGGAUUGGUCCAAGGCCGUGGCUGCACGCCAGGUGUCUCUUGACCACUUGCCUUUCUUACAUCCUACUCCUUCUUCCUCUAGACACAUCAAUGUUGGCAGUGACUUUCAGGCCGAGCUCCCCGAGCUGCAGACCGGGCUGCCAAGUGAGGAUGAAGAGCCUGCAAACCUGGUCUGGAAGCCCUUGGAGGAAGACGACCCUGACCUGGAUAAACCGGACAGAGGUAACUGUCAAGCUUUCCUUCCACUCCUGAGAUAGUCAGGCAUGUAAAAUGCUGUUUUUUGGAUAAAAAGGCAGCUUUUGGCAGGCUCUGCUUCUCUCCUUUGUCAUGCCCAUCUUCCCUUGUGGAAGUGGUAGGCGUAAGGGCAAUGCUCUGCUUCUGCAGCAGAGCAGGAAAAAGAGCAACUGUGCUGCUCUCCAAAUGGGUCAGGGGCAUCUGCCACUGGAAGAGGGGAGAUUGGCCUCCACUCCUUAUGCCAAAAGCUGCAUGGAAGGGAGAGGCAGCACUAGGUGGGCCCUUGCUUCAGCUGCCCCUUGCUUUGCUCUCCUUUUCGUGCUCUCCAAGCUGCAGGCUUUAGCUCUUGUGCUUUCCUUCUGCCUUGUAUGGCAAGCCUUCUCCAUUCUCGGCUCAAAGCCGACUUUGGGUGGGUUUUUGUUGUGCUUGCAGUCAGAGAACUGUUGGACAUGGCCAGCUCCCGUGGCCUUCCCGGGGCAGCAGCUCAGCUGGAGCUCGCCCUGCACUGCCUGCACCAGGCUCGCGGCAGCGUUCCGGAGGCUCUGGAGAUGUUGCUCUCGGGGGGUCCUCCAACAACUCAAGGCCAUCCCUUGGCUGAUUAUCAUUACGCAGGCUCUGAUAGAUGGACACCUGAGGAGAAGGAGGCCCUCCAAAAGGCUUUCCACACCUACGGCAAGGAUUUCCAUCUCAUCCAGAAGCAGAUCCCGAGUAAGACCGUGGCACAGUGUGUGGAAUACUACUACUGCUGGAAAAAAGAGCAGAAACUUGCCAGCAGCACUCUUGCUCAGGGAGUUUGAAACCAUUGAGGAGAGGAACAAGCACAGAAGAAGACAUCGCCCACGCAAGGAUGCACAGCCUCUCCCCAAGAAGAAAAGGCCAAAUUAGCCCUGCAUUUGCCCCAGGCUAGCAAGAGUUAGGCGUCAAGAGGAUAGAUCGAAAUAAGAUUGUUUUUCAAGUUUUUAGGAUUGUUUAUUCUUCUAUUAGUUUACAUGAUAGUAAUCUCUCUGUUUAUUAGCUAAGAUAUAUAAGUAUUAUUCAAGAUGUAUUAGUAGUGUUAGAUUUAGCAAUAAAUGUAACAGGUUUGGUGUUUCUAUGCUUCAACUUUUCACAUUUUGUCUUUGUUGAGACACAAUCUGUUUUUAUCAUUAAACCAAAGUUUGCUCCA